UUACUUAAGACUGCAAUGGAAAGAAAUGUUCGACAAUUGGAAGUAAUAUUCCCUGUAGACGGUGAAUUACAAAAGGUCAACGUAUCCACCGUGUACUCGUACGUUGAAAAUUUUGGACCAAUCGUGUCAUGUGAAAAAAGUCGUAAUGGACUUGAUAUUCGUAUGAUUGAAGCCGAUGGUGUGCCUAUGAAUUGGUUUAAUCGCUGCCAUGAAAUCGAUGGGCAUCGAGUGCGCAUGCGACGGGAAAUGCACAUUUUGGAUCUGCCUCUGUUUUGUUUGAAAGUGAUCUGCAAGUGGCUGUUGAAUACCAUUGAUGAUUUGUGUAGCGUCACGGAAGUGUGUACUACAUUGAAAGACGCUGCCACAUUGACGUUCGAAGGAGAGUUUUCAAAAAGGGGCAUACGUUUCGCAAUGAAGAUGCGAAUGCAGGCAGAUGUACGCCUUUUCCAAUGCUUUCUACAUUCAAUUACUAGAUUAGAAAUUAAUGCCGAAGACAGACAGCAUUUCACUUAUAUCUUAGCAUCUCUCAAAAAAAUUAGCCCCAACAAUGUUUUGAAAUAUUUGAUUUUCUCAAACAAACGGAUUUCAUACUGGCGUAAUUCUAGAGAACAUGCGAAUCAUUUUAGCCAUCUUUCUAAAGCUGAACUGGAAGAUUUGUUUUCAGUAUUUUCAUAUUUGGAAGGACUAUCUUACAACACAUGGAAAUUUGCGUUUCCACGACUUCCUCCCAAUUUGAGGAUAUUGAGUUUAAAUUGUCUGUACGAUGGUGACUGUUUAUCUGAAACAUCUGAUGUAAUCAAUGCAAAUUUACAGAAAAUCGUUAUCAGGGCCAUAAAUGUUUAUUCUCUCACUAAAAUUGCGCAACUUUUGCAAUUGAGUCCACAAAUUAAAGAAAUUACUAUUUACGGAUGGCAAUGGCCAAAGGUUGGCCAGUUUCCAUAUGAGUUAUAUAAAAUUGAUGAUUUAUUACAAUAUGCACCUCAGCUUGAGGUUCUAAGUAUAUAUACUGUGAGUUUUUUCAAUCCCAGCAUCGAUAACAUACAGCCGUUAAGGAAAAUGCGUAAUUUGAAGAUACUGAAUCUCUCACUAACUGAUCCUCCUAUCGAGAUUUUGAAUGCUAUCAACGAAUUGAACGUUGUUGUCGAAUGUUUAACUCUAUCUUGUCGUCGAUGGAACUAUGAGCUUUCCCACAGCAUUAGCAACUUUAAUCAAUUGAAAUUGCUUCGGAUAAAAAGUACCAAGCCACUUUCACUUGAGGGUCUGCCUGAACUGGUUGGACGUUUACCUCGUCUAUCUGCGCUUGUACUCACAAAACAUUUGAUCACUUUAGAUCUUAUCAAAAAAAUUAUUAGUGCCGGUAGUAAACUUACCGAUUUCCAUGUUGGCCAGGUAAUAGAAUUAGAGCAUAAGUUGGACACUAAACAGUAUUUGGAAAUUGUGAGUGCUGUUCGGAGUAGAUCAAAUGAACGUCAGCUGACAAUUUGGUUGACGAAACACUUCUCAAUAAAUAUUGAUUCGAAAGUUUAUUGCAAUAAUGUAAAAUAUGUUAAUGUUCUGCUUAAACGUUUCAAAUAUAAAUCAUAUCCUCCCUGUGGAUUUACAGUUUAACGGUUGUCUGAGAUUAUAAUGGGGAUAAUAGGUUUCUUCCAAGGUGAAAUGGAAUGUCAAACCGUCAUCCAUAGAAGCAUAACCUCAACAUUAUUAACAAU